UCGUCAGGAUCAUUUCCGAUGAGAACGGCCAUUUUCUCUCUCUCUCCGGAUUUGUCCAUUUGCAACAGAUAUGGCCGACUAUUCAAACGUGGCUCCGCCGUCGGGAAAUGGCGCAGGAAUGAACGACGCUUUUAAAGACGCACUUCAGCGAGCUAGACAGAUUGCGGCAAAGAUUGGGGGGGACGGCGUACCCCCCGCGGCGCCCUCAGGCAGUGAGUUUGGCUAUGGAGGCCAGAAGCGACCCCUUGAAGAUGCCGGUGAGUACGACCAACCAGAGACCAAGAAGGUGGCACCCAAUGACUCGUUCUCAACAGCGAUGGGAAUGGGAGGAAUGGGAGGUGGAGGAAUGGGAGGUGGUGGACCACGAUCGUCGUCAGAGGAGUUCAAGGUUCCUGACGGAAUGGUUGGAUUCAUUAUUGGAAGAGGAGGAGAACAGAUAUCCCGCAUGCAACAGGAAGCGGGCUGUAAAAUCCAGAUCGCCCCCGACAGUGGAGGUAUGCCUGAUAGGUCGGUGACACUGACUGGAUCCCCAGACUCCAUAUUAGCUGCCAAGAGGCUGCUGACGGAGAUCGUUGAUAAGGGUCGUCCUUCUCCAGCUUUCCACCACAACGACGCCGGUGGCCCCGGUAUGUCUGUCCAGGAGAUGCUGGUCCCUGCCUCCAAGGCUGGCCUGGUCAUCGGGAAGGGAGGAGAGACCAUCAAACAGCUGCAGGAGAGGGCCGGGGUCAAGAUGGUGAUGAUCCAGGAAGGGCCUCAGAACACAGGAGCGGACAAACCUCUACGCAUCUCUGGGGAACCUUUUAAAGUCCAGCAAGCCAAGGACAUGGUGAUGGAGCUGAUCAGAGAGCAGGGCUUCAGGGAGCAGAGAGGAGAGUAUGGCUCCAGGAUGGGAGGAGGAGGAGGAGGCGGCGGUGGAGGAGGAGGAGGAGAGGGCCUAGAUGUUCCUGUCCCCAGGUUUGCGGUAGGAAUCGUGAUCGGGAGAAACGGAGAGAUGAUCAAGAAGAUCCAGAGCGACACAGGAGUCAGGAUCCAGUUCAAACCAGAUGACGGCACUACCCCGGAGAGGAUAGCCCAGAUCAUAGGUCCUCCAGACCAGUCCCAGCAUGCAGCAGAGAUCAUCACUGACCUUCUGAGGAGUGUCCAGCAGGGGGGGCCGGGUGGUCCUAACGGAGGGGGCAGGGGGAGAGGCAGGGGGGGUAACGGGGGGGGGAACUGGAACAUGGGUCCUCCAGGAGGAUUGCAGGAGUUCACCUUCACCGUCCCUACCAUGAAGACUGGACUCAUCAUCGGCAAAGGAGGAGAGACCAUCAAGGGCAUCAGUCAGCAGUCUGGGGCGCGUAUUGAGCUCCAGAGAAAUCCUCCCCCCAACUCCGACCCCAACAUUAAGAUGUUCACCGUCCGAGGAUCUCAUCAACAGAUAGACUACGCACGGCAGCUGGUCGAGGAGAAGAUCGGGGGUCCAGUCAGUCCAAUGGGUGGUCCUCACGGCCCACCAGGCCCCCACGGAGGUCCCUCUCCCCACGGGCCCCCCGGCCCACCUGGACCCCCUGCUCAGAUGGGCCCCUACAACCCCGGCCCCUACAACCAGGGACCCCCUGGACCACAUGGUCCUCCGGCUCCCUACCAGCCUCAGGGUUGGGGCAACGGCUUCCCCCAUUGGCAGCAAGGACAACCAGACCCUGGUAAAGCUGCAGCUGAUGCCAACGCGGCGGCCUGGGCAGCGUAUUACUCCCAGUACCAGCAGCAACCCCAGGCCCCCAUGACGCCCACCGGCGGAGCCCCCGGCAACCCACAGGCCAAUGGGCAAGGUCAGCAACCACAGGACUACACCAAGGCCUGGGAAGAGUACUAUAAGAAACAAGGUCAAGCUGCCCCCCAGGCAUCAGCAGCAGGCGGUCAGCCAGGCGGUCAGCCAGCAGGUCAGCCAGGCGGUCAGCCGGACUACAGUGCUGCCUGGGCAGAGUACUACCGUCAGCAGGCUGCUUACUACGGACAGGGAAGCCCACAGGCCAUGGGAGCCCAGCCGCAAGCACCUCAGGGCCAGUAAUGUGAAGUGGACAAAAAGUUCAUGCUACCUUGUCGAAAAAAAAACAAACAAAAAAAGCCCUUUUUUUGUUAAAUGUGUUGGAUGGUGCAGAUGACGUCUUGAUGAAGAUCUUAAUAUCCCCCCCUCUUGGUUGGUUGGUUGGUUUUAAAAAAAAAAAAAAAAAAAAAUGUUUCACAAUAGAUGUGAUGACCACGAAGUCACUCCGGAGACACGACACAAACCACCGUCCUAUAUCUCUUUUUUGUUUGUUGAUUUUCUUGUAAAUUAACGGUUUUGUUUUUAGUGAGGUAAUAUGGUGAUUUCUAUUCUUCUGUCAUGCUAUGUGGUUAGCGCUCCUGUUAUUAUCUCUAGUCGUCUACCAUGUGAUAUCAGCUCCAUUUUUAAAUAAUAUGCCUGUGUUUUGCAAUAAACUAAAGUGAAACCUACUGUGUUGGUAAGUUGGGUCGGUAAUAGAUGUGACUAAAUAUGAACUCAACUUUAAAAAAUCAUGUACCUGUAUUCUUUGUUUUGACCGUUAUGGCACAAUGGAAACUUGGGGGAAAAAAAACUUUUUUAAAAACUAAAUGCAGGGCCCUCACUUCUCUCUCUACUCUCGCUCUCCUUUGACUGUCAAAAUGAUUUUUUCUGACUGCCUGAAAGUUGUUGUCCUGUCUCUCUCUCCAACGGUCUACACAUCUCCUGGUAACAGUACGGUGGUUUAUUUUAGAUGUGAGUUCAUUGUUCUGCCUGUCUUUGACUGGGGUCUGGUUUCGGUGUACCCCAAGGUUCUGUUCUAGGACCAAUUUUGAAAUAUUACCCAGUCUCGACUCUUGUUUAUAUUAUUAGUCUUUGUUUUUCUGCCUGUUCUGUAUGACCAGGCAGAUGUCUCCUUAUCCCAUAAUACUGGUAGAGUUGGUGGCUUAAUGUUCUGAUCUACAUGUCUCAUUACCUGCAGUGGUUCUGGCAUCUCUGUCAAACUCAACUGAUGUAAUCUGACUGUCUGCGGCCCAAAUGUCUUACCCUAUUCCAGUUAUAGUGCACUGGGCUCCCUAUGGCUCUGGUCUAAAGUAGUGCACUAUAUUGUGAAUAGGGUGCCAUUUGGGGAGGGGCUCAACCUGAACUAAGGUAACUAAUAAGACUGCGUUUUACACAUGCAGCCCAUUUUGUCAGAUUAUCGUUUCGUCUCACCAACUGGUAUUUUGACCAAUUUUGGAUCAGCAUUGAAUCAAGAUCUGGUGUGAUUGGUUCAAAGGCCAAUUAGUGGACGAAAUAUUGGAUUUGGGCUGCCUGUGUCAACACGGCCUUCGUGUGCUUUUACUGUUUAUAUAAUGAGAGUUACUUCCUCCCUCACACUCAAGCUUAGACAAGCGGUAAGCAAAGCAAGUGUAUAUAUUAUUAAAAAAAUUUAAACAAUCCCAAAAAUGUUCUAAAAGAAAAAAUGUCUCACUGCAAAAAUGUUGCAUUAGUGUAUUUCUGUUCUGCUCCCUCUGUCUUCCAGGACAGGUAACUGGUCUGUUCUGCUGCCUUUCAGACGUGCCCUGCAUUCAAACUUUUGUUCUCUCCCCCACCCCUCCCUCUAAAAUGUGUACAUACAUUUGCUGGCAUUUUCUAAACUCUCUUUUUUGAUACUAUAAAAACAUGCAGAAGACAUAUAUAAAUUGACUCUACCCAAUGCAUUGUUCUGUUUAGUCAACGUAAGAACGUGGGUUGUUUGUAGGGCCGAGGGUUUGGCUGGUCUGAGCGGUGCCAACAGUUGACCUCUUACUCUGUAAGUACAAUACUGUGACUAUAUAACAAACCCCAGUGACUGAGCACUACUGCUGUGACUAUAUAACAGUGACUGAGCACUACUGCCGUGACUAUAUAACAGUGACUGAGCACUACUGCAGUGACUAUAUAACAAACCCAGUGACUGAGCACUACUGCCGUGACUAUAUAACAGUGACUGAGCACUGCUGCCGUGACUAUAUAACAGUGACUGAGCAUUACUGCAGUGACUAUAUAACAGUGACUGAGCACUACUGCAGUGACUAUAUAACAAACCCAGUGACUGAGCACUACUGCCGUGACUAUAUAACAGUGACUGAGCACUACUGCUGUGACUAUAUAACAAACCCAGUGACUGAGCACUACUGCAGUGACUAUAUAACAAACCCCAGUGACUGAGCACUACUGCUGUGACUAUAUAACAAACCCAGUGACUGAGCACUACUGCCGUGACUAUAACAGUGGCUGAGCACUACUGCCGUGACUAUAUAAGUGACUGAGCACUACUGCUGUGACUAUAUAACAACCCCUGUGACUGAGCACUACUGCUGUGACUAUAUAACAAACCCAGUGACUGAGCACUACUGCAGUGACUAUAUAACAACCCCAGUGACUGAGCACUACUGUUGUGACUAUAUAACAACCCCAGUGACUGAGCACUACUGCCUUGACUAUAACAAACCCAGUGACUGAGCACUACUGCAGUGACUAUAUAACAAACCCAGUGACUGAGCACUACUGCAGUGACUAUAUAACAGUGACUGAGCACUACUGCUGUGACUAUAUAACAAACCCAGUGACUGAGCACUACUGCAGUGACUAUAUAACAAACCCAGUGACUGAGCACUACUGCAGUGACUAUAUAACAGUGACUGAGCACUACUGCAGUGACUAUAUAACAAACCCAGUGACUGAGCACUACUGCUGUGACUAUAUAACAGUGACUGAGCACUACUGCUGUGACUAUAUAACAAACCCAGUGACUGAGCACUACUGCUGUGACUAUAUAACAACCCCAGUGACUGAGCACUACUGCCGUGACUAUAUAACAGUGACUGAGCACUACUGCCGUGACUAUAUAACAGUGACUGAGCACAACUGCCGUGACUAUAUAACAGUGACUGAGCACUACUGCCGUGACUAUAUAACAGUGACUGAGCACUACUGCAGUGACUAUAUAACAAACCCAGUGACUGAGCACUACUGCUGUGACUAUAUAACAGUGACUGAGCACUACUGCUGUGACUAUAUAACAACCCCAGUGACUGAGCACUACUGCAGUGACUAUAUAACUGACUGAGCACUACUGCCGUGACUAUGUAACAGUGACUGAGCACUACUGCCGUGACUAUAUAACAGUGACUGAGCACUACUGCAGUGACUAUAUAACAAACCCAGUGACUGAGCACUACUGCAGUGACUAUAACAAACCCAGUGACUGAGCACUACUGCUGUGACUAUAUAACAACCCCAGUGACUGAGCACUACUGCAGUGACAUAACAGUGACUGAGCACUACUGCAGUGACUAUAUAACAAACCCCAGUGACUGAGCACUACUGCAGUGACUAUAUAACAAACCCCAGUGACUGAGCACUACUGCAGUGACUAUAUAACAACCCCAGUGACUGAGCACUACUGCAGUGACUAUAUAACAACCCCAGUGACUGAGCACUACUGCUGUGACUAUAUAACAACCCCAGUGACUGAGCACUACUGCAGUGACUAUAUAACAAACCCCAGUGACUGAGCACUACUGCAGUGACUAUAUAACAGUGACUGAGCACUACUGCAGUGACUAUAUAACAGUGACUGAGCACUACUGCAGUGACUAUAUAACAACCCCAGUGACUGAGCACUACUGCAGUGACUAUAUAACAACCCCAGUUAUUGUCUUGCUGUCGACGUAUUUAUUUAUUUGACUGAUUGCGAAACGUACAAAACUGUAGUGUUUUUGUCAAAUCGCUAAAUGUUUUCCUAAAGUACCGGGUAAGUAUCAACUUCUGGUACAGAAAGUAAAGUACUUCCUGAACUAAUCUUGCAUUAUUAUUUUUUUUGGACUGUUUUGUUUCCCCCUGCAAUAACUCCCAUGAUGCAUUUAGAGUAUAUUGAAUUAUAGCUUGUGUUACAAUCGGGACUCUACGUAGGAACCUGUUCUAUCACAAUACCAGUCAGACUGUUCUGUUUGAACUCUGAACUCUGAAGUGUAAGCAUCGUUUCCUGUCAGAUUUUAGUACAUGUACUAUCGACAGACUGCUUUGUGCAUUCAUCAUGUAGGAAUGUAAUAAUUUUUUUGGUUAUAUAAGAGGUUUUGCUUAGUCAGAAUAUAGAGAUGGUAAUUAUUGAUGCAUUAUUUGAAGAAGAGAGAGAGGGAAAAAAAAAGCGAUUUAAUGGCCCAAAUGUAAUUUUCUAUUGGAAAUGCAUAUUUUCUCUGAAUUGUUCUCGUUUUUCCCCAUUCAGUAGCAUGUCGACGUUGUUUCAAUGCUGCUUAUUGAUGUCUCCUAUCAUCAGCAUGUGGGUUAUUGGUUCAGUACAAUGUUCUACAAGUGACGCAGAUAUUCCAUUGAUUUGAUUGUUCUAUCUCCGAUGUGACCCGCUGUUCUGUUGAUUAUUCAGCACUAACUGAACUAAGGCUGGUUUUGAACUGAGUGAGUGCGUACAGUUGCAAUGUCAUCUGUGUGAUGGUUGCAGUGUCACUGUCACCCCAGACCUUGACCCAUAGGUUCUGCUGCUGGCAGUGAGUCACACAGGUAAGGAGAACGCCCGACCCUGUCACAUUGAUUUUUGUAUACACCCAGAUUUGCUCACCUGAACGUACCUGAUGCAAGUAUUUUAACUGCCCAGCAUACCAUGUUCAAUCUAGCUAUGCUGAGGAUCUUAAGGGUAGGAUUUGUAGUGAUAUCAACAGUCGUUUGUUUAUUAUAUAAAGUUGUGAUGGUAAUGAAUGACUUGCAUGGAACAUGUUGAGUUGUGUGGGUUUUGUUUGGGAGCAGCAACAUUUUUUUCCCCCCUCUGAAGCGAAUGCAACUUGUUUUAUGAUGGCUUGUCCCACCUCUGACUUAUCUUUAGUACAAUUUGACAUUUCUUCCUAUAUGUUGCUUUAGUUCUAGUAAUUCUCUGAUUUAAAAAAAAAUUAAUAAUAAUAGUUGUUUCAUUGAAGGUAUGUUUCGUAGCAUAGUCUCCCCCAAGGUAAGCCCUACUAUAAUGCGUUACUGUCCCGGUAAGUCCUGCAGCUUGCCUGAAGCAUAGCUGGUCUACUUUAACAUUUGGCCUGGGUACCUGUCUGUUUAGCUGUCGUUCCACUCGGUGCCACUCCUUGGUAUGACCCUAGGGGUGGCUAGGAGUAGAAUGUUAGCAUAAAACGGGCCUCUUUUUAACGUGCCUAUAAUAUAACAGACUGCUACUGUUGUCAGAAAGCCAGACUUGAUGUGCAUACAAGUACAUGAUGCUGUAAUCUAAUGAUGCUCAUGCUGUUAAACUGACUGAUCAUUGGUGUGAUGCAAAGCUUUCAUUAUCUAUAAUAUAAUGCCCCACAAUGCAAUGAUGCAGUGUUGUUUUUUAAAAUAUAUAUAUAUAUAAACCCCCUGCUGCCUUGCCUGCCUCCCUCCCACCUCUCACUCAGAUGCUGUUGGAAGACUGAGGUUCCACAUUCUAGAUCUGGUUCUUCAUCUAGUAUGUUCUAGAUUCAGGAACAGGCCCCCCAGCCAGGCUGGGCUAGUUGUCCUGUAGAGGAGACUACUGAGAGAGGCGUCACACCUUUUUUGGGUCUGUCUGAUGAUCGAGGUGUAGGUGACCAUUUGAGAGCGAGCUCCAAAUAAGGUAAACUAAACUAAAACAAAGCAAUGCAAUGAAAUGGGGGGGGAUUCUGUGAUUUGAUAAAUUGACCGUGAUGCUGUUUGUUAGGGAUGUCUUAUCAUCUUUGUACAGCUAUCUCUUUAUCUAAAACGUAGAAGUUUAAAAAAAAAUGACAUGCCAUAGCAUUUCUGAUGACGUAUCUUAUCGCAUUUAUCUCAUGAUGAUUCUCCGCCACUUCCUUCCUGCAUCCCAAAUGGCACCCUAUUCCCUACGCGUGUCACUUCUGCCCUGGUCAGUAGUGCGUUUUUACGUAGGCAAUAGGGUGCUAUUCUCAAUGCUGCCGUUGUCAUGAGCUAGGGCGUGUUGCUUAGUUGUGCUGAACCACCAAUGCUUUAGAGAGUUGGAUGAGAAAUAACCAGGAAGUGCUGUUGUGUUGUUUUUUUAACGUUCAAAUGUCAGGCUCGUUCAAACCUUUUUGGCAGUAAAUUGGAGAGUUUCCUUCUAGUUCUGUUUGUCCUCUUCAUUCAUUAGAACUCUUAUGUCCUCUUGCUAGUCAUUUUGCUCCUAGCAUAUUCUGCUAAGUUGCUGUGUACUAAUACUUUGCUCAGAGAUCAGCAUCUCACGCGUACACAGUUUGGGGUCAGGGGGCACGUUUGGGUGGUGUGGAAGACUCAGAAGGGAGAAAUAUGGAGCAUGCCCUUUAUAAGGUAAACAAAUGAAAGGUUUUAAUGUUUUAUAAAAUGCAACUUUGUUUUUGUUUUUGACUGUUCUGGAUCUUUGUUGCCCUGUCCAGUAAUGGUAAUAAAGACGGUGGUGUUUA